CCAGCGGCAUGUACAAAGAGACUGUCUACUCUGCCUUCAAUCUGCUUAUGCACUACCCACCAGCCUCGGGAGCAGGGCAGCACCCUCAGUCUCAACCCCCGCUGCAUAACAAGGCUGGCCAGCCCCCACAUGGCGUCCCCCAGCUUUCUCCACUCUAGAAACAUUUCAGCAGUCCACACCCCACCCCUGCACCUGCGGACAUCAGCCAGAAGCAAGGAGUUCACAGGCCGCUGCAGACCCCUGAUCUCUCUGGAUUUUACUCUCUGACCUCAGGCAGCAUGGGACAGCUCCCCCACACUGUGAGCUGGCCCAGCCCUCCUCUCUACCCCCUGUCCCCUUCCUGCGGAUAUAGACAGCACUUCCCUGCCCCCACUGCAGCCCCUGGCGCCCCCUAUCCCAGGUUCACCCACCCAUCCUUGAUGCUGGGAUCUGGUGUACCUGGACACCCAGCAGCCAUCCCUCACCCGGCCAUUGUACCCUCCUCAGGGAAGCAGGAGCUGCAGCCAUAUGACCGAAGCCCAAAAACACAGGCAGAACCCAAGGCAGAGAAGGAGGCUAAGAAGCCAACUAUCAAAAAACCCCUCAAUGCCUUCAUGCUUUACAUGAAGGAGAUGAGAGCCAAAGUCAUUGCAGAGUGUACACUCAAAGAAAGCGCUGCCAUCAACCAGAUCCUGGGUCGCAGGUGGCAUGCACUGUCUCGAGAAGAGCAGGCCAAGUACUAUGAACUGGCCCGUAAGGAACGGCAGCUGCACAUGCAGCUAUACCCAGGCUGGUCAGCGCGGGAUAACUACGGAAAGAAGAAGAGGCGGUCAAGGGAAAAGCAUCAAGAAUCCACCACAGGAGGAAAAAGAAAUGCAUUCGGUACUUACCCGGAGAAGGCCGCUGCCCCAGCCCCGUUCCUUCCGAUGACAGUGCUCUAGGCUGUCCCCGGUCCCCAGCUCCCCAGGACUCACCCUCAUAUCUUCUGCUGCCUCACUUCCCCACAGAACUGCUUGCUAGCCCAGUGGAGCCAGCACCAACAUUCUCAGGUCGCUCUGUAGCUCUUACACUUCCAGCCCCCGAGUCCCCAAAGACCCUCCACAGCACCCUCCAGAACACACAAGUGCAGCAACAGGAAUCUCAGAGACAGGCAGCCUAGUAUGCACAGGACACCUGGCUUGCUCCAGGGGCCCAACCCUAACUCAAGAGGAGGCAACAAGACCAGAUCACAUGGAACCAGCUAAGGGUCCUUAAGGUGCUGAAGAUUGCAAAGGCUGCUUCACUAUUCCCUGAACCAGAGGCCAUCCAUUGAAGUGGUGGGGAUCAGAUCUGUGCAGCUAUAUGUCUCACUAAGGGCAUCCUGGUGCCUGUGGCAGCCACUUAUUAUGUCUUGAUAGCUGGAUGCCCCUACUGUCUUUUGGUUUUUGUUUUGUUGUUGUUGUUGCAGGUCAGAUGGGCUGGAUUGAGUUCCAGCUGCCUUCUCUGCAAGUGCUUCUCUUGCCCUCUGCCACGCCUUCCCCAUGCCAAUACUUCUUGGACCAAGAAUACCUGGUUUAUCAUACAAGAUGACUUUGUGGUUGGUCACCAGUCACAAAAGUCUAAAUAAUAACGCUUCUCUCUUGAGGAGCUGAGAAGCUCUGUUUACAAAUAACAGCUGCUGUUCAUAAGCUGGGCCAGAGGAUGCUUCUAUGUUCUCAGGAGCUUGCAAGAGGAAAUGGGAUAGGUUGAGCUUCUACGGCUCUUCUAACCUAGGCAACAAAAUAACACCGACCCUAGCUACUGGUGGACAGUACUCAGCUUUAAUUAGAAUGACUUGGAAAUCUUUGCUAAGAAACUCAUCAGCCCCAGAAACUACAGUCAAUAAAUUGAAGUUGGCCUAAGCCCAGUGUGCCCCCUUCCCAGUUCCAUUUUAUGUCAGCUGAGUCAUAGCUCCUGGGCAGCUGUGAGAGGGCAAAUUCCCCAACCGCUGGAGCCCAUUUUUCAGCAUUUAGAACUGGCCAGCUUCAAUUUCUCUAUAGGGCUGCAGGAAGGAACAUAUCUGUUACAACUAAAGCAAGGAGUCCAUAAAUCUCUUGUGGACAUGGUUCUUUGCCACAUUCUAGAAACCCUUUUUGAGCCAAACUUAACCCUGAGCCUUGAAAAACAAGUUUUUUUGUUUAUCUUUUUUCUCUUUACUGUAUAUAGCCUGAAUCCAAAGAAAAGGGGUUAUCCAUGUAUUCUACACACUUUUAAAAAAGCAUUUUGUUUCUAUUUUAGCCACUGGUUUCUCAAUCCAAAGAUCAUGUUUCUAGUGUAGUGUUGAAAAGACUGGCAGAGUGUGGUGGUGCACACCUAUAAUCCCAGUCUUUGGGAGGUAAAAGCAGAUGGAUCUCUUUGAGUUCCAGCACAGCCAGAGUUGUAUAGAGACUUUGUCUCAAAAAGGAAAAAACAAAAACUGAUGUAGUAUCCAAAGUAUUUUUGUAUUAAUUCAUUAUCAUAGAAGAAUUUUUUUAAACAAGAGAAUAAAGAUACUUUUUACUGGGUUUGUUUUUCAAA